AUGAUCAAUGAAAGAAUUUCAGAUAUAUUUUCGGACCAUUGUUCAUUCAUUGGAAACAUCAAAGAUUGUGUUGGCAGAUUCGCUAAGGUUAAGCCAAAAAUCAUACAACUGGGAGUUUCCAACCGAGAUCUCGAAGCCAUCGCCGAUGCAUGGAAUCAAUAUGUUGAAGAACAAGAUGAUAUCAAGAUCGAUCUCUUGCUGUCUUCGGCCAAGGAAUAUCGCAAGGUCUAA